AUGACGCACCAGCUCAUCGAGGAAGAUCGCUCUUUCGCCUUGGAGAUACAGAAGGACCCCACCUUGAAAGGGAAGGUGCCUGUGAUCUUGGGCGGCCACGAGCACACUGUCUUCGAGGAACGCGCGGGCGAUUCCUUGAUUGUCAAGACCGGCCAGGACUAG